UAUACAAUUUAGAAUCGUCGAAGUAAUGAUGAAACGGAAACGAUAAGAUUAAUUUGAUUUAACUUAUGUAGUAGUGUACAUAUGCUUGCACAAAGUUACAGUAUGAAUCAUAUGUUAUUAUGUAAUAGUUANCCAGUUUCAAGAGGAAAGGAACAUAGAUAGUAUUUGAUGCCCUAAACGACAUUCAAUUUUUUACUUUUGCGCAUCAAACUGCCUAUUCAUGUAAUAAGCUAUUUGUGUAAAAGAAAAUAUAAUAGUCUUACUCAAAAAGUACUUCUCCUAAGUUAAGUGUAUGAUUAUUUUUAUUAAAGAUGUUCACGUACAGUCAUUGUUAUUUUCACCCACCCAUUGUCUCGUAAUCUAUAAACAAUAAUCGUUUUAUAUGUUUUAUUUAAUUAUUUGUAAUAUUUAUGUCAGUUCUUUUUUUACAUUUGCUUGCGACAAUAAUAUGCAAUUGCCUGUGUUUGUUUCGUUUGGUUUCAUUUGAAACAGUCAGGUAAAUAUUAAAAGAGUGCCGAUAAAGUGUUCACAUACACUGUACGUCUGUAUGUAAUAUGCGAAUGAACAAAAACAGAAAUUUUUGAAAGUACAAUCGUGCACCAAUUCCGGUGCAAACCAGACUUAUCUACUGUCCAAGGUGGAUGAGAAUAAAAAGAACAUUCGAAUGAUAAGUAAAAAUUUAUUUAUUAAAAAUCGUGAGCUGUGACAAGAGUACUAAAAUGAAAAGACACGGUAAACAUUUAAAGAGGGUGGGAGUGAUUUUUGGUUUGUAACAUAUGUAGAUAUAGACAUAGACCGAAAUAGGUUCGCUCUGCCGGUUACCUCGGUAUUUGUGUAUUAUUCGCCAGUUCCGCGUAAGUGUAACUUGAAUCGCAAUGACUGCAUUAAGCGGAUUUAUGGAGUUCUUUCAAAAAGGAAAGACAUUUAGACCAAAGAAGAAAUUUGCACACGGAACGUUGCGAUAUUCUUUGCACAAACAAGCACAAGCUUCACUUAAUUCUGGGAUUAAUUUAAGGUCUGUUGUGAAACUACCACCUGGGGAGGAUCUUAAUGAUUGGAUCGCUGUUCAUGUGGUAGACUUCUUUAAUAGAAUAAAUCUAAUAUAUGGUACUAUUUCUGAAUACUGUGAUUCUGCAUCUUGUCCCACCAUGAGUGGUGGUGCUCGGUUUGAAUAUUUAUGGGCAGAUGGUGAAAAAUAUAAAAAGCCUACUGCAUUGCCAGCACCACAAUAUGUUAGCCUCCUUAUGGAUUGGAUAGAAGCACAAAUUAAUAAUGAAAACAUAUUUCCAGUUUCAACAGAUGUACCAUUUCCGAAAACGUUUGUACCUUUGUGUAGAAAAAUUUUAACACGAUUAUUUAGAGUGUUUGUUCAUGUCUAUAUACAUCAUUUUGAUCGUAUUGUGGCUAUUGGAGCAGAAGCACAUGUAAAUACAUGCUAUAAACACUUUUACUAUUUUGUAACAGAAUUUGAAUUAAUAAAUACAAAAGAACUAGAGCCACUGGCUGAAAUGACUGCCAAAGUUUGUAAGGAUACAUCGCCAACGCAGACACCAUCGCAUAAUCCUAGGUAGUCGCGAAACUUAAGAAAAUAUAAGUAACCGAAUUAAAGAGAGGUAAAAUUCUUUCAAUAUAAGUACAAAGAUGAGAGCUCUCUUUUCCUAGCAUUUUGUAAAAAUAACCUGGAAAAAUUGGUUACUAUCCGGAUAAAACAAAAUAUUAGUAUACAAUUUAGUAUUAUAAAUAAGUAUUACAAUUUUGGUAAUUAUUCUUAUUAGAAUUUACUAAGUCAGGCAUGAAUCUCAUUAGAAAGCUCUAACGUGUAACGUUUCAAUUCAUAAUCCAAUAAUAAUGAUGUCAACGGAG